ACCAACUUGUCUCGCGUAUCCCGAACAACGCGCCUUCAUAAACAACACUCUAACAACUACUCUUCGUCGUGUUCAGGUUGGUGACUAUGGCCAAUAUCGUCACUUUGAAGGUGUUGCUGAUUGCUCUGUCGCUGAAUAGUCGCUACAGUCGUUGUUGAAGCAAUUCUCACUGCCACGAGUUGUAAUCAAUGCAAGAACACCCUCUGAAGAACGCAGUCGCCCUGCCAGUCCGUAGCUCGUCAUUAAGUGCUCCACCCUCGUCGCCACAGGUUCAGACGUCCUCACCGCUCUCAGCAGUGCCGCCGCCGUCGCCACCGUCGUCGGAUCGACCUCUAGAAGCAGUUGUGACUGCCAAGACUCAAGAAAUGGUCUCAAUUCGCUCUCGUGCUCGAGUGGCGCGCUCGGAGCCCUUGGAGUAGCUUGAAUCGGUGCUGGAGCACGCCAUGUUG